AUGCUUACAGCCACCGCGCAGCGGGCGCGUCGUGAGCGGUGGGCUGCGAUUGCCUUGGAAACCCAGGCCAUCGUGCUCGGGAACGGCCAGUACGUGGAAGAGCGCAUCGAAAUCCCCCUUGUCCCUUCCACCGCCUCCCUGCCUUCUGACGGCCCAGCCUUUCCCUCACCUAUCCAUACCCGUAUCACACACAACAUCGCCGCAGCCGUCAUGCUCUCCAAUAAUCGCACCAUCUUCUAUCCCCAUUACUCCCCCGCCCUCGCUCAAUGGCCGGAGGCUCACCCAACUGUCCUCUUCCCUCCUACACAGAUCGAAUUCACCCGCAGUUCGACUCUGAACGUGGCUCGCAACCUCGUCACAACUCGAUCGCAAGACCCUCUGAAGUCAACUGAUAUUGGUGUCCUCUCGUUCGCCUCCGCUAAGCGCCCUGGCGGUGGCUAUCUCCACGGCAGUAGCGAGCAAGAGGACACCAUCGCCCGCCUCAGCUCCCUCGUAGCCAGUCUGGCUUCACCUGCGGCGAAGGACUUCUACAAGGAGCACCGAGCAUUCCGAAAUGAGGACGGCAGUGGUCUUCAUGACCACUCCAUGGUCUACUCCCCAGGUGUCGUGGUUUUCCGCAAAGACGCAGAUGACGAGCACGCUCCAGGUCGCAACUCUAGAUCAACCCCUCCCGAACGCGACAAUGUGGGUGGCGCGUUCAUCUCCCCGUACAUCAUCGACGUGGUUUCCGCCGUCCCUGUCAAUGCCGCCGCCGUGCACCAGAAGCACGUCAUUCUACCUGGUGAGCCCCAGUUGUAUCAGGAAGGUAUCCGCCGCGUGAUGAAGGACCGCAUGGGGCGUGCCCUGCGCGUGUUCGAGACGCACGGCGACAAGGUGCUCAUCUUGGGCGCCUUCGGGUGCGGAUCCUUUGAGAACAAGGUAGAAAUGAUCGCCAGUCUUUGGGCUGAGCUGCUUGUGUGCGGUGAGACUGUGGAUGGUGUAAAGCGUGAGGCACGCUUCAAGCAGUCGUUUGAGAAGGUCGUGUUCGCUGUCCCUGGGAGGCUAUUCGAGCCGUUCAAGCGGGCGUUCGACCUCCGUGUUGAUGAGGAACUGCUGACAGCUGCUAUGGCUUUCUCAUAA